UAGUUUUUAAAAUGUGCACUGAAGUCAUUUCUAGUUAAUCUAGACACUGUCAGUAGGGCAACAUCUCUGGGGACACACUAAGUGACUCAUUAUUGCGGAUACAACUUUUCUGGACAAGGUCAAUGGUUGGCAAAAAACACAAGUCUGUGGGCUUUAAGGUAUUUGCUGUAAAAGUUUUGCUUUUGGUGGAGUUGUUGUUGAUGUGUGAAAGGCACCCAAGUGCAAUGCCUGUGUCCCUUGCUGUUCUCGUGCCCCUGGGGCCCUCGUUCUACUCUGCUCGGUGCUUGCCAUCGGUGCUCCUCAGACAGAAACCGAAUCUUGCGUGGUCUGGUUAUGUCUGGGGGCGAACUGAGCGAAUGUCGUGUAAAUGCGCUGGAGAACCUUUCAGAACCCCACUCGAAGCUGCUAUGGCGAGCGUGGGGUGGCGGGGCAAGAAAGGGGGAACAAUAACCAAUAGUGCAUCUUGCCACAGAUAACGUCGUUGCACGAGGGUUGACAGUGGGGCGGCACUUUCAGCGUCCUCUCGAUAAUGUGGGUUUUUCUGUACCGACUUCAUCAAAUUUCGCCAGGAAGGGGAACUAGUAGCUAGCACUGUGAAAGAACAGAAGUCCUCAGCUCACAGAGUAUCCGAGAGCUUCACUGUGUUUGGUGCUUGCCCUGCAGAGAUGCCUGCCCCUUUCCCGCCGUUUCUGACCACGGUUGUGGGUGGCAAACCAGCCUCUCUGGUGGUGUGCAUCCCUGGUACACAAGCGGACACACCGACUGGCCUAAACUGGCGUCCGCUGGCCUUCGAGAAGCACCCGCCGGCCAUCCGCGUGUGCUGCCUGUGCGGAGUGGAGCCCAGGGCGACGCUGGUGCUGCCCUGCUCGCACGCCCUCUGCGAGCCCUGCUUCGCUGCCACCAAGGACAAGGGCCGCGUGUGCCCCCUGGACGGUCACGCGAACGACCAGGACGCCAUGGGCAGGCUGCAGCUCCCUCCAGACCAGGUUCUCCGGCUCAGGGCGGCCCGCUGGAACCAGGGCUGCUGCUUCGUCGGUCCGGUCUCGGGGCUCCUGGAGCACUUCGAGGAGCACUGGGCCUUCCACGGGGUCAGCUGCAACAGGCAAGCCUCAACACCCUCUCGGGAGACAUGAAGCGCUCGCGCUCAGAAACCAACUCAGCCGCCGCGAGCGUCUCAAGCCUCCUACAGGCAGAGCUGGCCGCCCUCAAAGCCCAACUGGUCGCAGGGCCGGCGGCGUUCCCGUCCCGGCGUCGACGCCGACUCCAGAACCCGCCCCACGAGAACCGAGACAUCUCAGCGAUGCCCUGUACAUGAUCGCAUCGAUUGAGGGUGCCAACGCCUCGCUGGAGAGCGGCGGUUUCGCUCUGACGACCCUCAGCGCGCUUGAAGAGCGCUAUGGUCCGUCAGCAACCUGGCAUCCCUUUGCGCCCAGGCGUCGCGGUGCUGCCAGACGCUUAGCUGCAGCGACGUCUUCUCGCUAGACGGCUACAUGGCGCGGCUAGAGAUCCACCUGCGGUGCGUGGACUGCGUAAGUUUUGUGCGUCACUGCUGCAGGCUCUGCAGGGACGCCAACGACGCAGUGGCCCUUCAAGAAGGCGCUGAUGGGUGACUAUCGCGAGUUCUGGAUGCCUACUAUAGGGAGCCCAACAUUCCGUCCGCCAUGUGCGAGAUGACGCUGCUCAAGACGGGCUUCUUCUCGGGCCGCACGAGCACACUGGACAUCUUCCUGGAGCUGCUGUGUCACGCCUGAUGCCGCGUCGCAGGGGACAACCGGUGACGGAGGUUGUGCAAAUUUGGACUUAUACGAAAAUAGCUGAAUAAAUGUAAUUCAAUAUA